AUGUCAAAUCAAGUAGCUCAGUUCGUAGCGGGGCUGAAGUCGCGGAAUGUGGAUGUUCAGAUAAAGACAGCACGCGAACUCUACCAUUAUGCGAAAACUGAGCUACGUGAAGUACCACAGGAGGAACUCACCCAGUUCCUGGAUGAGUUCAAUCACCAGAUAUUUGAGAUGGUAUCCAGUAACGAUGUCCACGAGAAAAAGGGCGGAGUGCUGGCUAUCGUCUGUCUAAUUGGUGGUGACUGUGACACUACAAGAACUAGAAUAACCAGAUUCGCAAACUACCUCCGCAACUUACUGCCUUCAUCUGAUGUUGGGGUUAUGGAACUUGCAGCAAAGACCGUCGGCCGAUUGGCCACAGUCUCUGGCAUCAAACGUGCGGAAUAUGUUGAAUUCGAAGUCAAAAGAGCUUUUGAAUGGUUGUCUGAAGAACGCAAUGAAGGGCGACGCCACUCUGCUGUUCUUUUACUAAAAGAGCUAGCCAUAGCUAUGCCCACAUAUUUCUAUCAACAAGUAUCUGGCUUUUUUGAUCAUAUUCUUGUCGCCCUUAAAGAUCCUAAACAGCAAAUCCGCGAGGCCGCAGCCAAAGCGUUGAGAGCUGGACUUGUAGUCACGGCUCAAAGAGAAACUGCAAAACAGUCAACAGCAAAACCCCAGUGGUACAUGCAAUGCUAUGAAGAAGCUAUGCUGUCGUUUGAAGAUAUACCACUAAAAGAGAAAGGCAUAACCAAAGAGGAUAGAGUCCACGGAGGCUUAUUGAUCCUUAAUGAAUUGUUAAGAUGCUCAAAUGCUAUUUGGGAGAAAAAAUACACAUAUUCAAUGCAUAGCUUGGAUACACAGAAAGAUAUAACAUUGUCAGAUGAUAUUAUCUUCAUAAGUACGAAACUUCACAGUCCAUCAGUGAAGAGAGGCUACUUAUGUGAUGGAUUCAAGACUGAAAAUGUUCAGUACCCAGUUCCUAUUUAUGAGUCAGCGGUAUGCCGGAAAUUACUUACCGAGAAGUUUGAAAAGAUUUGUCAAGAUAUUAUGGCACAGCGACUGCUAAAAACUCAAGGAGUACCACAAAUUCUAUUAAUAAUUAUACCCAGGUUGGCCGCAUUUAAUAAAGAAUAUUUCCUCAAGAAGUAUCUUAGCCAUACAAUGCAUUACCUGAUCUCAUCACUGCGCAGCCGGGAGAGGGACAGGAACAUGGCGUUUACUACUAUCGGUCUCAUGGCGGCAGCUAUCGAACACGAUAUUAAAAAUUACAUACCUAGAAUAAUGGAAGUUAUAAAACAAGCUUUGCCAGUAAGAGAUUCACAAACUAAAAAGAGAGCUUGGGUAGAUCCUUCUAUUUUCGCUUGCAUUACGUUACUAGCUAGUUCAGUGAAAGACCUAGUAGUUAAUGACAUAAAGGAACUUUUGGAUGCCAUGUUUGCUACUGGCCUAAGUCCAUCCUUAACUAUAUGCCUUCGAGAGCUGAGUCAAAGCCUACCAGUUCUAAAAACUGAAAUAUCAGAAGGUCUUCUUAAAAUGCUAUCGUUAGUGCUGCGGAAUAAGCCAUUUCUACACCCAGGCGUGCCAAGCAGCUUGGAACAGCAGAUGGGUAAUAUGAACCUUGUUAUUGAACUCCAAGACACACCUAGCAUUGUGUUGGCUUUACGCACCCUUGGCACGUUUCAGUUUGAAGGGCAGCAUAGUCUGCUCGCAUUCGUAAGACGCUGCGCUGACCAUUUCCUACAAAGUGAACAACAAGAAGUGAGGUUGGAAGCAGUAAAAACAUCAGCCAAAUUGCUUGCUGACGCGAAGGUCAGGACUAUGAAGACUCCUUCACGAACGCUUACAAUACUGACCGCUGAAGUUAUAGGAAAGCUACUUAUCGUCGCAGUAACCGACCCAGAAUACGAAGUCCGUUACUGGGUACUGGAAUCUUUGUAUAACAUAUUCGAUACGCAUUUAGCGCAAAUAGAAAAUCUCAGUUUUCUAUUUAUGGCUAUGAAUGACGAGCACUUAGCGAUUCGUGAGCUGGCAAUUUGCACUGUCGGUCGCUUGAGCACUGUUAAUCCUGCGUACGUCAUGCCAGGUCUUAGAAAAACAUUGAUACAAUAUCUCACGGAAUUGGAACAUUCUGGUAUGAGCAGGAAUAAAGAACAAGCGGCCAGGAUGUUAGAUAAUCUGAUACUACACGCGCCGAAAUUGGUAAAACCAUACAUGGAAACCAUUCUGAAUGUCCUUGUGCCUAAGUUAAAAGAAUCUGAUUCAAACCCAGGAGUAGUGAUCAGUGUUUUAAAAGCUGUCGGAGAUUUGGCAGAUGUUCAUGGCGAUAACACAGGCUUAAAGAAGUGUUUGCCUGAAUUAUUAUCGAUUCUUCUAGACCUUUUGUCAGAUGCCAGCGCGACGGAGAAAAGAAGUGUCGCAUUAUGGGCAUUUGGACAGCUCAUAAGUGCUACAGGGUAUGUCGUCACUCCGUACACAGAAUACCCGAACCUCAUGGACGUUCUUUUGAAUUUCCUUAAAACGGAACAACAACCCAAAGACCGGCGAGAGACUAUAAGAGUUCUAGGGUUGUUAGGCGCUCUGGAUCCUUACAAACACAAGAUGACGCGAGGCCUUAAACCUGAUUCGACUUUAGUUCCUGUAACGGAUAGUAAGGCAGAAGGUAACAAUUUUGACAUGACAACAAGCGAGAUGCUAGUAAACAUGUCUUCACCUGUAUUAGACGAGUACUAUCCUGCGAUUGUUAUAUCGACAUUGAUGAGGAUCUUACGGGACCCAACGUUACAGCAGCAUCACACAAACGUCGUGCAAGCUGUGACCUUUAUAUUCCAAUCUCUUGGAAUUAAAUGUGUGCCAUAUAUUUCGCGUGUUACUCCCAGUCUACUUUACGUAGCGCGAGCGACCGAUAACAACAAUUUCCGAGAGUUCCUAUUUACUCAACUAGCAAGACUGAUUGCAAUUGUCAAGCAACACAUUCGCAACUAUUUAGACAAAAUAUUCGAUCUGAUAAAAGAGUUUUGGACGCCCAACAGUUCACUACAACCUACUUUGAUAUUACUGGUAGAGUAUAUAGCUGUGGCUCUGGGGUCAGAGUUUAAAGUGUAUCUGCCGCAACUGAUGCCGCAAAUACUUCGCGUGUUGGCUCAUGACACCAGCAAAGACAGAAUGGUGACUGAAAAACUUCUAUACGCUUUGCAAAAGUUUGAGGACAAUCUCGACGACUACAUGCAUUUGGUUAUACCGUCUAUAGUGAAAUUGUUUGACGCUUCAGACUGUCCCAUCAACGUGGCUAAAGUGGCGAUGGAGACGGUCGAUUGUCUGUCAGAUUCGUUGAAUUACAGCGAAUUGGUGUCGAGGAUCAUCCAUCCAUUAGUGCGUAGUUUGGACACGUGCGCCCCCUUGCGACAGACGGCGAUGGAUACGCUUUGCGCCUUGAUAGUGCAACUUGGUCGAAAGUACUCGGACUUUAUACCUUUAGUGCAGAAAGUGGUGGUGAAGCAUAGGAUCCAGCAUCAGAACUACGAGCUGUUGCUCUCCAGGCUGCAGUCUAGUCAAACGCUAGCCAUGGAUGAGUUCUUGCAGAGCACCAGACGUAAGCCGAGGAACAAUAAUCAGGAGGCUCGCAUAGUUGUUUGCGAUACUUCCCAAUCCAUCCGCAAGUUGUGUGUGAAUGCUCACAACCUGAAGCUCGCGUGGACGGUGAGCAGCCGCGUGUCGAAGGACGAUUGGCUGGAGUGGCUCCGCCGGUUCAGCAUCGGUCUGCUGACUGAGUCGCACAGUCCAGCGCUGAGAGCCUGUCUAGACCUCGCUCACAACUAUUCCCAACUUCUCCGGGACUUGUUCAACGCCGCCUUCGUCUCCUGCUGGACGGAGCUCGACAUCACCUCACGAACUGAACUGUCUAACGCGUUGGAACAAGCCUUGACAGCGCCUGAUGCUCCAGAACUUGCCCACACGGUGCUGAACCUCGCGGAAUUCAUGGAGCAUUGUGAGGGUGGGACCAUACCGAUAUCCACUCACUUGCUCGGAGAAAGAGCUAUGCAUUGCAGAGCUUAUGCUAAGGCGUUGCAUUAUAAGGAAGAAGAAUUCCGCAACGGCGCAACGUCACAAGUGGUGGAGGCAUUGAUACAUAUAAAUAAUAAACUGCAACAGAAAGAAGCAGCCGAAGGACUCCUCGAAAGGGUGAUGGCGCAGCGUGAAGCUGGUGAUGCCAACCUUAAAGUACAAAUACGGUGGUAUGAGAAACUACAUAAUUGGGAAAAGGCAUUAAAUCUCUACGGCGAGAAGUUAUCAGAAGACCCGGACGAUAUGGACGCCUAUCUUGGAGAGUUACGCUGCUAUGAAGCACUCGGAGAGUGGGUGAAGUUAUACAAUACCGUCUCCCAAAGUUGGAUCAAAAUGAGCACCGAAGAAAAAUAUAAGGCGGCGAGAUUGGCCGCGGCUGCCGCGUGGGGCUUAAACGAGUGGGACUCGAUGGCGAAAUACGUCAGCUUCCUUCCAGAAAACACACAAGACGGCGCAUUCUAUAGAGCGGUCCUUAACAUCCAUAACGGAGAGUUUGAUAUGUCCAAACUGUUCAUAGAUCAAGCCAGGUCGCUACUAGACUCUGAACUUACCGCAGUAGCUGGUGAGAGUUACCAAAGAGCCUACGGAGCUCUAGUAAAUGCUCAGCUACUUGCAGAGCUGGAAGAAGUGAUCACAUAUAAAUUAGAGAUUGAGAGAAGGGAGUCAAUAAGGCAAGCUUGGUGGACGAGGUUGCAAGGAGGACAGAGACUCGUAGAAGAUUGGCGCAGAAUUCUUCAAGUACGCAGUUUGGUACUCACUCCCCAAGAAGACAUGGCCACUUGGCUCAAGUUCGCAUCACUCUGCAGAAAGAGUGGAGCUCCCCGACAAGCUCAUAAGACCUUGGUUAUGUUGCUGGGGAGUGACCCAAGUAAAAAUCGCGAUAAACCGUUGCCCACACACGAACCCAGAUUGACUCUUGCGUACGCCAAACACUUGUGGGUGGCGGGUGACAAACAACUCGCUUACGACCAACUGCAGCGAUAUGUUGACAACACCGAAUCCGGAGAUGCAGAACACUGCCGACUUCUUGCUCGAUGCCAUUUGAAACUGGGCUCUUGGUGCGAAUCUCUUCUUGGAAUCAACGAACACUCCAUACCGACAAUUUUGCGAAACUAUGCAUCGGCGACUGAUCUUUCUUCAGACUGGUACAAAGCUUGGCAUGCUUGGGCAUACAUGAACUUCGAAACUGUUCUCUUUUACAAACAUCAAGACACAAAUUAUGGUCGCGGCCAGUCUGGGGAGAAGAGACUCAGCUCUGAAACAAUUCAGCAGCACACGGUACCUGCUGUAGAGGGAUUCUUCAAAUCGAUAAAUCUGUCUCACGGCAGUUCUUUGCAAGACACUUUGCGAUUAUUGACGCUCUGGUUUGAUUACGGCCACUACCCAGCAGUGCACGAGGCACUGGUCGAAGGCAUUAGGACGAUUGAAAUCAACGUAUGGCUCCAAGUGAUUCCCCAACUGAUAGCUAGAAUUGACACUCCACGAGCCUUGGUCGGGAAGUUGAUUCAUUCUCUUCUUAUCGAUAUAGGAAAGUCGCAUCCUCAAGCUCUUGUGUACCCUCUAACGGUAGCAUCAAAAUCAUCUUUUGUAGCAAGGAAAAACGCCGCGAACCAAAUCUUAAAGUCCAUGUGCACUCAUUCAAGUAACUUGGUGAACCAGGCAGCGAUGAUAUCGGAAGAGCUGAUCCGAGUAGCGAUUCUGUGGCACGAGCAAUGGCACGAGGCUCUAGAAGAGGCUUCUAGGCUGUAUUUCAGCGAAAACGAUGUCAAUGCAAUGUUCAAGACCUUAGAGCCGCUGCACGCGAUGCUAGAGCGUGGACCACAGACUUUGAAGGAGGUGUCUUUCACGCAAGCGUACGGGAGAGAUCUUAACGAAGCACAAGAAUGGUGCAACCGUUAUAAGGAGUCGGGUCAAGUGCGUGACCUAAACCAGGCGUGGGACCUGUAUUACCACGUGUUCCGGCGCAUCAGCCGUCAGCUGCCGCAGCUGACGUCGCUGGAGCUGCAGUACGUGUCGCCGCGGCUGCUGAAUUGCCGCGACCUCGAGCUCGCCGUGCCCGGCUCGUACGUGCCCGACCAGGAUCUCAUACGCAUCGCGCACAUACAGAGCAGUCUUCAGGUAAUAACAUCUAAACAGAGGCCACGACGCUUGUGCAUCCGUGGGUCUAACGGCAAAGACUACAUGUUCCUCCUCAAAGGUCACGAGGAUCUCAGACAAGACGAGAGAGUGAUGCAACUCUUCGGUCUCGUCAACACACUGUUACAGGCUGACCCAGACACUUUCCGAAGAGAUCUUGCCAUUCAGCGAUACGCCGUGAUACCGCUGUCGACCAACUCCGGGCUUAUUGGAUGGGUCCCGCACUGUGAUACGCUGCACUCGUUAAUAAGAGAUUAUAGGGAUAAGAGGAAGUGCCUUUUGAAUAUAGAACACAGGAUUAUGCAGAGAAUGGCGUCUGAUUUGGAUAAACUUAUGUUGAUGCAAAAGGUGGAAGUAUUCGAACACGCCUUAGAACAUACAGCAGGCGACGACUUGGCCAAACUGCUGUGGCUUAAGAGUCCCUCAUCAGAAGUCUGGUUUGAGCGUCGCACGAACUACACCCGCUCGCUGGCUGUCAUGAGCAUGGUGGGGUACAUCCUCGGGCUCGGAGACCGACACCCCUCGAAUAUCAUGCUGGAUAGAGUCACCGGCAAGUUCCUACAUAUCGACUUUGGCGAUUGCUUCGAAGUGGCCGUCACCAGGGACAAGUUUCCGGAGAAAAUACCGUUCAGGUUGACUAGGAUGCUCAUCAACGCUAUGGAGGUCACGGGCAUCGAAGGCACAUACCGUCGCACAUGCGAGUCAGUAAUGGAGGUGCUGCACAGACACAAAGACAGUGUGAUGGCGGUACUAGAAGCCUUCGUAUACGAUCCGCUGCUCAACUGGCGACUAAUCGACGCCACGAGGCGGUCCCGAGCCGACGUUGAGAUAUCCUCUACAUCAGACCCCGCCACGUCACCGCAACCAAGCCGAAGCCGCGUCAUACAAAACGAUUUGAACCAACCCGCAGAAACUAAUCUCAAUAAACGAGCUCUAGCUAUCGUAAACAGAGUGAGAGACAAGUUGACAGGCCGCGACUUUCCUCACAUAGACGAAAUUGUCUCCGUACAGAAGCAAGUUGAUUUACUUAUACAGCAAGCGACGAGUAACGAGAAUCUAUGCCAGUGUUAUGUAGGAUGGUGUCCGUUUUGGUAGAUAUGUGCCUAUGUGUAGCAGGUAGCUUAUGGUAGUAAGGAUUUGGCUAUGUAGAAAUAGUGUUUAACAACUACUAAUAUUGUUAGUCAGUUGAGGUCUGAAGUUAGUCACUUCACCCGCUCUCGGUGACUUCUGUCAAUAGCUGCAAUGCCGCUCGUGAUUAACUUCAGACUAUCUGUCUUUAAGACGGAGAGCGACAGACGCGAAAGGUACCUUUAAAACCUUAUUGGUUAUUCCCUAGCUCUGCUUGUCAUAAUGGGUUUAUUAUGAUUGAUAAUGUCAUAAAACCUAAAGUGAGCAGGAUAGCCAAUAUCUUAAAUUGCGACUCUGACAAAUAUCGUAAAUUAUAAUCGCGUAACUUUCUUGUCAUUUUUCUUAUUGUUCCAACAUCCAGUUAAUAGUGCUAGGUAGUAAUAAGCAAAUUUGAAUGGAGUAGGUAAUUAAAUUCUUUACCUAACUACAGCCCAAUGAGUGCAAAUACAUAAUAUGGUUUUUCCGCCAAUAUCUAAUUGUGUUCACUAAGUGAAGUGGCUAACUUCAGACUAAUCACAAUUUUAGUAUGGGGUAUAACUUUUAUUGUGUUGUUUAAUAAAAACGUGUAGGCUUCAUGUUAUAUUCGAUCUAAUUAGUAUUAAUAUAAGGGCUCUUUUGUAUACCAGAGGCAUAUAGCAGGUGUAGAUAAGGUUGCAUUGUGUCGUGAAAGAUGUUUGACCCUUCACGUCCGUGUCAUACGAAAAAGGACCUUCCGAUACAUAAUAAACGGGGUUUAUCGAUUGUUUCGUUCGUUCAAUGUAAAUUAACUUAUCCUACCUAACCUUGUGGUGGGUUAUAACUAUUAAUUAAAGGGUCCUUUAUUAUGCCAUAUUCAGUGUUGAAGCGUAUAUUUCUAAUUUUAUAAUUGUUGAAAUUCAAUUAUAAAAUUAGAAAUAUACGUUUUGAGUCAACAAUCUGUUAAAGUGCGCUUGAGUUUUUAGGUGAGUCUCCCUAAGGUUUAACUAUAUUUUGAUACAAUAAACAGUAAAAGCUGCCAUUUAUUUUUGAAUGUCUGUGUACAAAGGGAUAGUUUUUUUUUUUUUUUUUAAAUAUAGGAUUCGAUUGUAUUUCUGCCUUCCUGUUAAUAGAACUUGCAAAGUGAAUUAAAACUUCUUAUACCAUAUCGACAGUUUACAAGGACAUACAAUUUCAGGACCUCUAUACAAUUUUUACACGCUAAAUAUAUUCAAUAAAAAGCAAUUUGUAGUCAAUUUAACACUACUUUCGUUCAAGUUACUUAAACGUUUUGAAAUAAUGAAAAUAACUUAACUGUCGCAAGUUCUAUUAUAAUCACUCGUGUGGCAAAUUUUAUAACAUAACCAGUGUAUACAAGUUUGUUCGUAUGUUAAUUUUCUAUAUUUUAUGUAAGUGAUUCCCUAGUGAUUUGUUUUAUUACCGAAAUAAACUCGAUAUUGUUGAACA